CCGUGUAGAAGGAACUUAAGGACUUAAUCCUUAGGGCAGCUGGCACGCUUUGAUUGGGUCGGGUUGUGUUUGUGUUUCGUGGUCACGAAAAAAAAAAUCAUUCGACAGAAACGUAGAAAAAAAAAUCUCUCGAAGAAACAGAAGGCGAUUGUCGAUCCAUCUCGUUCCAUCUUCUUCCGUCGAGUUCCAAGGUUAAACAAACAUGGGACAAAACUAUAGCUACACCCAGCCUUCCUCAUCAGACGAGUAUGACUUGACCUCACUUCUUGAAGCUGAAGCGGCUUUGUACGCUGAAGAAGCUGAGAGUAGCUACAACAUUGGUGAGCCUGUUCAGUGCCCACCUCAGCCGUUUCAGUACUUAUGCGGGGGACAUACAAAUGCGGAGGAGAUGCGUGCCUUUGAGAGACAACUUAGUCUUCUCAAGGAUCAAGUUCGUGAGAGUGACCAGAAGCUGGCUAAGCUCGAGAAGACCCUGUGUGAUGAGUUAUGCAAGAAGACAUCAUGGGUUACAAUUCUUGGAGUUUCUCUUCUGCUGAGCCUUUUACUUUUAAUAGCGGUGAUAAUUCUUGGAGGAACAGCUUCGAAGGAUAGUAGAAGAGUAUCUGACGUGGAGACUGUCUUUAAGGUUAGAAACAUUUAAACUGAAGCUAUUCCUCUGUUUUUUGCUUAUCUGAAAAAAACAUAACAUUUAUACUGAAACUCUUUAUCUUAAAUGCUUACCUUCCUUAUUCAGAUUUGAUAGGAUAUUAAACGUUAUCACACUGGUACUUGUUUACUUUAUGUGUUACUAGUAGAGAACUUAUUAGACUUGAUUGGUGGUAAAUGCUAGUUUAGAGCUUUCUAUCUGCCUAACUACUUAGUUUUGUUGGUGAUAAAUGCUAGUUUAGAGCUUUCUUUCUUCUAGCUGGCUUAUUUAAGGGCUGUGUUGCUAAUAGAGUAACACAGACAAUUAGAUAAAAUGAAUAACAGCAGUGGUUUCCGAAACCUACUGUAUAGUCAAUGUCCCAUAGAACUUGAUUCACCCGAACAAGUUUGGUUCGGUAGCCAACCACCUGAGCCUGUUGGGUCCGGUAGCCAAGCUCCUGUUGGCGAGUCUGGUGAGCCGGUUGUCGAGUCUGCUAUCAAAGAGAGGAGGAAAUGGUCCCAGCAAGAGGAUUUAAUACUGAUUGGUGCUUGGCUCAACACAAGUAAAGAUGCAGUUAAAAAUACUGAGCAGAAAGCUGGUGCAUUCUGGAAGAGGAUCAUCGACUACUACAAUGCAAGCCCUCUUCUGGUGGGGACAAUUCCGAGAGAGCUUACUCCAGCCAAGCAGCGGUGGGCUAGGAUUAACGCAGAUGUCUCCAAGUUCGUUGGUUGCUAUGACCAGGCUAUGAGGGAGCAGAAAAGCAGUGAAAACGAUGAUGAUCUGAUGAAAGCCGCACUAGACUACUACUUCAAGGAUCAAGGCCACAAGUUCGGCAUGGAACACGCCUGGAGGGAACUGAGGCAUGACCAGAAAUGGUGCUCAUCAUGUAAAGACAGUGGGAAAGAUAAGCGCAAACAUGUCUUGGAGGUUGAUAUAGACGAGGAAGAGGGCAGACCGGUCGGGGUCAAGGCAGCGAAAGCUGCUUCUAAGAAGAAGAAGAGUGGGAAAGAAGAGGAGUUGUCGCGUUUACAAACCAUCAUGGAGAUUAAACAGAAACUAUCUAACCAGAAACUUCUCGAUCGUUUAUUAGCCAAAAAAGUGCCAUUAACUGAGAUGGAAACAUCACUUAAGCUCAAGCUAAUGUCUGAAAUGUUAUGAUGUUAUUCUCUUUAAGGUUCCGCAGUAAAAGAGGAAGCAAGUCACGGGUGCCUUUGGAGUGGUGAAAGUCUUUUCUUCUGUAGCUCAUGUGAAGCAAGUCACGGGAAGUCCUUUUUGUGCUAUAAGUUUGUGUCUCGGUUUCUAUCUUGCCAUCACUUCUUCCUUCCUUUUUUUUCCCCGAUUCUAAUCUGGUCGCGAAGAAGUUGUUUUAGAUUAUUGUUGUUGUAACAUUAGGUUUCUAUCUGUACACACAUUUUUCACAAGAAUCCUUAACUAUUUUUUUUUUAAAAAAAUUGAUUAUUUGUUCCUAAGGACUCCACAAAGGGUAUCACCAUUGUGGAUGCUCUUAAUGGAAAGUUCUUACUGUGGGAUGAAAAAUAAAAAAUUUAAACAAUAAUAACCCCCAUUAAUCAUGAAAUUCUGAUACAUAGUUUCUCAUAAAGAUCUCUCCAAUUAAUUGUUGUAAUUUGAUUAGUUGAUGAUUUUU